AACUCCAGUAGUCCAGUACCAUAAUCUACUGCACUAGGCGGUCGUCAGGCACCAUAUUCUGGACACCCAAUAAAUGGUUCUAAACUGUUAGGAUAGAACAGUACAAUUAUUCUCUCUUUGUUUGGUCACUAAAUCAAAAGUUCCAAAACUCGUAAGUGAAACCAUAACAGAUUUCUUAGACCGAUUGGAAACCAGAUAAACUUUUUUCCGAUCUUAAAUUCAGAUAAGCUCAUUAAUCUGGGGGCUUCUCCAGUAAUCAAUCGCUCCACAGAAUUAUGGAAACAGCACAAUCUUGGUUCACCGGAGGUCCAAGUAGCAGCAGCAAGGAUCCGCAGCAGAAAUCCUCUUCAUUACUCGCAGAUUGGAAUUCCUAUGCAGCUUCUCAAGCUACUGAAGAAACCGGAGGAGGAUCUUCAAGUUUAGGGUUUGAUCUUGAAGCUGCUGUGAGAACUGCCAAUGAUAAAGUCUCUGGUACAUUUGACGUGGUUUCAAGAGGAGUCUCUGGGAGCUUCAGUUCUGCUACCAGCAGCGUUCCUUCAGGGAAAUCUCUCAUGUACUUUGGGCUGCUCUUGGCUGCUGGAGUUUUCUUUGUUUUUAUAGCCUUCACGAUGUUCCUUCCAGUAAUGGUGUUGAUGCCUCAAAAAUUUGCUAUCUGCUUUACCCUUGGCUGUAUUUUCAUCAUAGGAUCAUUUUUCGCACUUAAAGGUCCAAAGAAUCAGCUUGCGCACAUGUCAUCGAAAGAGAGACUUCCUUUUACCUUGGGAUUCAUUGCAACUAUGGUUGGUACCAUUUAUGUGUCCAUGGUGCUUCAUAGUUACAUUUUGUCUGUGCUCUUCUCUGUUCUACAGGUCCUUGCACUUUCAUAUUACACGAUUUCAUACUUCCCAGGAGGAUCGGCUGGAAUGAGAUUUCUUUCUUCAACUCUUACCUCUUCAGUGCUGAAAUGUUUCGGCAGGUGACAUCAUAUCACUGUCAAACCAACUACUCAGCUACUUGAGUUACCUUUUUGUAACGAUCAAAAUGUAUACACUCUGAUAAUCAGCUACUAGAUUAAUUUUUUACGGUACUUCUGUGUGGCUCUUGUAUUAAAUGAUUAGAAGUUUGAAGAACAAGGCUGUGAAUGGGCACUCUUGCUCUGGAAUUAGCGGUUGAAGCAGGGGAGUCCAUUCCCAGUUUUUGUUUUCAAAAUUUGAGUUUGAUGAUUCAAGGGUUCAAUUGAGUAUUUGAUGAUUUAAAAGGUUGUUUCCAUGUUGCUAUUUUCCAGUA